UUUUUGAUAUAGAAUGUCACAACAGUCUCAAUGUUUAGAUGAAGUGGGCCUUAUAUUUUGUUAAUUCUCCGAGUUUCGUUUAUAUUUCUUUGCCUUGUAUUUUCAACACGUUAACCUAGAUACUAGCUUAGCUUUUUAUUAUUAAUUGGACAAGUUCGCUGCUUAUUUUCCCAAAAAUGUACCGACAAAUUCGAUUCUUCCAUUCCUCCCGACGACUAUUUCACUCUCCAAAUCUUCGUUCAGAUGCAAUUGGGAUAUUUCGUUCGGCUCUCAAAGCCGUAACUCCACAGGAAAUGGUGAAAAAUGCGCUGUCACUCAGCAAAACAAGACUCCGUGUACAAGGAAGCGAGUAUAUGGUUUAUAAAAACGUCUACGUUGUCGCAUUUGGGAAAGCAGUCCUUGGAAUGGCUAGGGCAGUCGAAGAUGUUCUCGGACACAACAUUAUUCGUGGCGUCGCAAGCAUUCCCUGUGGUCUCCAAGAUGCUAUUAAAGAAUCUGGAAAUGAGGAUUUUAUCAAGAGCACCCUGCUAAGACCUGGAAGCCCUAUCCACAUCAUUGAGGGAGCAAAGCACAAUCUCCCAGAUGACAGGGCGCAGUAUGCUGCCACUGAGAUACAGAACAUAGCAAUUCAAGUGACAGAGAAUGACAUCCUUUUGGUCCUGAUAUCCGGUGGUGGCUCUGCAUUACUUCCGUCACCCAUAGAUGCUAUUACACUACAAGAGAAGCUCAAGACAAUAAAGGCUGUAGCAUCGAGUGGAGGGACAAUUGUUGAUCUUAAUACUGUCAGGAAAAAUCUGUCAAAACUCAAGGGAGGGAAGUUGGCACAGUUAGCCUAUCCCGCUAAGGUAGUCACCCUUAUCCUAUCAGAUGUAAUUGGUGAUCCACUUGACAUUAUCGCUAGUGGACCAACUGUUCCAGAUCAAUCCAACCCACGUGACUGCCUGGAAAUAUUUAGAAAACUCAAGGCUGAAGAAAAGGUUCCUAAAUCUGUCAUGCAAUACUUACAAGGAAUGGCAGACCAGCCAAAACCUGAGUCUCAAGAUAAUAGAGAGUUUGCUAAUGUCCACAAUGUCCUUGUUGGGACCAAUAGGAUAGCGGUGAAGGCGGCAGCUGCAGAGGCAGCUAAUCUUGGGUACACUCCCAUUAUCGCAUCAACCACACUUGAAGGUGAAGCAGGUGAGGUGGGCAAGUCCUUUGCUAAUCUUGCCAGCAUCGCUCUCACUGGAAACCCCAUUCCAGGCAAUUCCCCUGUGGCCGACAAGGACCUGACCAGUGAAAACGUGAUAAACCAAAUCAAAGGUGCUCAAAAGCCGCUGUGUGUGAUUGGCGCAGGAGAAACUACAGUCACCAUUAAGGGGACAGGCAAAGGUGGUCGCAAUCAGGAGAUGGUGCUUUCCUCAGCCUUAUUAAUGCAACAGGCUCCGCAAAUAUUUUCCAAGGAAGAUGGGGUGGUAUUCCUAAGUGCUGGGACGGAUGGCCAGGAUGGCCCAACUCCUGCUGCAGGAGCACUGGCGACGCCCAGUCAAGUGAAUGAAGCGACAAAACAUGGUCUUAGUGCUCAAGAGUUCAUAGAUAAUAAUGACUCCUAUACUUUUUAUUCCAAUUUUUUGAAUGGCCGGGACCAUGUUGUUACUGGUUUAACAGGUACUAAUGUUAUGGAUAUUCAGGUUUUGUUAGUAGAUAAAUGAACUUUAUGAUUCCAGGCUCUAAUACACUAGUUUUUGAGACAAUUCUAAACUUUACUUUAUUGAGAGUAUACUUGUAUUUGACUUUAAUUUAUUUGAAAAUGUUAGUUAGGCGAGACUAUUUUUUUUCUAGGCUGCUUGCAAUACCUUAUGGCAUAUGCCCAUUAUACAACAAGUGUUACAAGUUUAUUCCUUUGCCACACAGGUAUAGAUGACUUGAUAACGUUAUAUUAUGUUACAUUUUUUUUUACAUUUUUCUUGAAAAGGUGGUUUGGCAGGGGGUACCCUUAGAAACCACAAGACUUUUUGAGUAGGGACCCCCUACAGACUCUACAACAUGUCUGUUGCAUAUGAGGGUCUGCCCCAAGAGGGAAUCAGGGCUGCCGGGUGCCCCAUAUCUUAGGUUUGACAAAUGACUACAACCUUUCUAUGAAAUCUGAAUAAUUGGUUAUCGUCCAAUCUGUGUAAUUAUGGUUGUAUAUGAUGUAUUGAUGAUUUCAAAAUGUUGUAAGGUAAAGCAAGGAUCUGAUUUUGAUGCUUCUGGUGAAAUUUGGCUUACCUUAGGAAAAAUACCUAUUGAUAGUGUUCCAUCCAGAGGGGUGAGGGAGGGGGGGGGGCUGUAUCCCAGUUUUCACUGGCUGCUCUUUUUUCCGGGAUUUUAAACAAAUGUAUAGAAGUGUUUUCGUGUUUUUCUUUAAUAAAACAUAUCAACCUUCCA